GACGCCGUUAGGCGCGCCAGCCAAUCAAAGACGAGCUGGCAGGGUAGCUGUUCUGAGGGCUGUGGCUGAGGCCAAGGCGGCUGCACAGCUCACUGGCCGGUUUCCCGCCAGCGGUGCCAACACCAUGGGCUCCCGUCCGGCUUCUGCUGCUCCCGACUGCGGCUUUCGGGGCGCUGUACCCCCCCGGCUGCAUCAUCCUCACUCGCGCAUGCGCAUGCAGAGGAACGAAACCCUCUAUGGCAUGGGCUCAUGGGCCCUCGACAGCAAGGACCGCGCAAGGGGUUCCCUCCUUUCGUUGCUCGUCUGCAUUUAUUUACCAUGUCGAUGAUUCUCCGGUUCAGCAUGGGGAUCAAUCCCACCGUCGGCCGAUGUUCCGUGUCUUGGUCUAAGUGCGGCGUUGGCUGAUGCCCGCUCAACCGCCCAACAUGUCGGCCACAUCCUCGUCCCCGGCCGCGUCCCCGGUGUCGCGCGUUGCGAAGCCGCGUCCGAAGAACUGCAUGGAAUGCAAGAAGAUGAAGAGAAAAUGUGACAAGGGAUUCCCUUGCAGCGAAUGCGCAAAAACAAAUCGGACAUGCGAAUACAAGGACCCGGCGGAAGAUGGCUUGUUCGGACCCAUCAACUCCGCUAAGGACAUCCAUUCUCUGGCAUUCGGGACCCUCCUAGACAUCCUCAUCACGAGGCCCCGAGUCAUGGAAGCCGUCGACCAGUACUUUGCCGGCGUCAAUUCCUGGUUCACCAUCGUCGAAAGGGCCAGUUUCGAGGAGCGACUCGAGGCUGCAUGGGCCAAACUCCCCGCAGAAGACAGCAUCCUGGCGCUCUGCAUGGCUCUCAUUGCUCGUCCGCCGAACCAGAGGCCGAGCAAGAUCGGGGACACCGUAUAUCUCUCCACCAAAGCGAUCCUGAGUCUGGUCCAGUGCAAGGUUCCCAUGUCGGUCCCGUUGUUGCAGGCCGAGCUUCUCGUCGCCUUGUACGAGUUUUCCCAGUCGAUGCCCCAGCAGGCUUAUUUGACCCUUGGGCGUUGUCUCCAGAUGACCAAAGCGUUUGGAUGGCACAACGUGGAAUUCUGGUCCGACGAUCGGAAAGCCGCCAUGCCGAGGGAGCUGAAGCUCUGCUCCAUCCUCUGGUGGGCGAUCGUCUACGUCGACUGCCUUCUGCAUGUCGGAUACCAGGACCAAGUGUUCCCCAUGCACACAUCAGGUCUUGCCCAAGUCUCCGUGAUUCCCUUGCCGGAGGCCUUCGACCAGCAUUUCCCCGGCAGCGCCCCGUUUCACGGCCCAGGGUUUCGCGACGCAAACAGUGACCGAAUCGAGGGCAUGGUCCUCCCCGAAGCCACCUCUGCUUGGUACCUUAGCCGUGUGUUGCAGCAACUGUCCGACCCCGCGCUGCCGGGCAACAUCGAUCCCGAGGUGCUCUCCAACCUGAUCCUGCAGCACGCCAGAGACGUCGAUUCGGCCAAGUGGAGGGCCGGUGACCGGAAUGCAGCGUUUGGCGCUGACCUCAUAUCUCUCAUGAAGCUCAACCAGCCCGGUCUCUUCAGUGGAAUUGACCCGAUGUCGACUUCGGAUCCCAGCCAUGUCCAGGCCGUGCAGAGGAUUCGGAUAUUCACCGACGUCAUCCACGGCCAAGCCGGUAAACUCGUCGAGCAGCAAGAGAGGCUCCGCAAGGGUAGCAUCGCUCCUUGCGCGGCAUUCGCCAUGUCCUAUGCCGCUCUGCUGCUCAUCUCCCACGGCGACGGUGUCCUUCAAGACGAUCAGUGGCUCAUGAAAGUCGAAAACCUGAGGAGCACGCUGGAGCAGGUCUCCAAGAGGUGGAAGGUUGCCGAAUGGUACUGCGAAUCGGUCAAAGUCGCCCUCGACAACCGGCUCACCGGCUAUGCCCCGUAGUUUGGAAGGACCUCCAAAACCGGCAAAGCAACACUCAACAGCAGGCUAUAUCAAAAAUCAAACAUGGGAAAGCAGGCCGACUCACGUAGCCUGCUUCCUUAGGCAUGACGGGAUUGUUGGUUUGGCGUCAUGGGGCUUGCUGGAUUGAGAUACCCCAUCGGUUUUGUUUCAUGUUUCUGCGGGGAUUAGAUCGGGUGCUUGAUCGGAGGCUUCUGCUAUGAUACCUUGCGAGUUUGGGCUAUGAGCUUGAUCCUAGAUCCAGUGGAUUGACGGAUCGAAGGAGUCUAGGUUGGGAGGGGAGAGGAAUCGGUUGGUUGCUCACCUCAGCGUGGCCGGAUCCAUCGUGCCUGUUCCCUUCUCCUGUCUUUUCGUUGCUCAUCCUCACAUCUUGUUUGUUUCCCCCUUUCCGUUAUUGUUGCGGUAUUUCUGUUACUGUUGCGGUAGAUCCCACGGCGGCUUCUUUCUUUCCUUCUUAAAGAUCUUUCUUUCUUUCUUUUUUUUUUUUCUUUCUUUUUCUUUUGCCCUUGCUCUUUCACUGUCCCCCUCUGCUUGGUCAGAGGCAAUGGACAUGCAGCAGUACACGAAGCAACUGGACCUGUUAUUUGGAAAGCGGAAUGAAUGCGGCGUUACUGGCGCUUUUUGAUUUUACCGAGUGUCCGAGUUCCUGA